CAAAAGGCUCUAACUAAACGUACAUCCUUAAAACAUUAAAGGGGAAAGGAUGUGAAAAUUACUGUUUCACUGGGGUGUCAAGAAAGCGAACAGGAAGUAAAUAACAUCGUUAACUGUAGGAUUCGGUCUUUUUGGCAAAACGAUAGCAAAAUAUGGAUUUUUUAAAAUAAUGAUUUUAAUGCGAUUAAGAGCGUUAUCAUCAAAGGUGCAAGUAGUACCAGUGGGCUAACUGAAGCGGGCCACUUCUGCGGACUACAUAUCCCAGUAUCCAACGGGACGGGCCAGCCUUCAAAAACACCCCACCGGCCGCGCGGCUCCGCUUUACAAAGCCUCCCAGAUUUGAUGUUGUCUGGUGAUUAGGGCAUCAUGUACAGCACGGAUGUCUGUUGCCUGACACAGUAGCCUUGCGCGUGUUUCUGUUUAACCAACACUCCUCGCGCCUCAACCUUCACCUGCAAACCGGGAAUACGACCGUCGCGAGGAGAACCGCAGGCGAGCUUUCGGAUUUGCCAUCUGCUCUGCUACGGCGCUCGCACACUAACGCGUGCUCAACGCCUCGGUUGUCUUACGCGGUUGAAUGUGUGAACCCCCGCGCUGAGCUGGUUGGUACUGGAGUGCCGUACUGGGAUGUCAGGCCGCACCAGUAGCGCGGUUAGCUGCUAGCUGCGCAAGGCCAGCGGCGCGCGUGUUAACGGUGGUGCGCAGUGGCUCCGCCGGUUGUGAUUUGGGUUUUUCCAACAUGGUUUUUUGUCCGACGCCAGGAGAAGCUCUCCGAGUGACCGGCUAAUCCGGGCCUGCGAGUCUGUACGAGAAAACGGGGGCGUUUUGUCCAGUUUACAAACCAGUUCACAUUGCUUUAAGCACGCGCCGCGCACUUUCGCUAAGUGGGUUUGAUUUUUAAAUGCACCCAGAUUUGUUGGUAAACAGCUGUUUGCAUUUGGCAGUUUUUAAAACCAAGUGGGCUUGUUCGUAGGCAGAAAGCACGCAUGGACGCACCCUCUUUCCCUCCGAGCCGAGACACGUCCACGGCGUUUCUGUCGUGAUCAGCGGCUGCACCUUUCGCUUUGACGCCGACGUUCACACCGACACCGUCUGCUCCGUGCAUACUCAGGACAAGCGUCUCCGCUGGACGAUGGAUGGAAACAGUGCGCAGAAAUUGACGCCUUUGGUACGAGAGCUGACUCGGGUUUUCAGCAACUACAACAAGAACUCCGUGUUUCUGAAAAAGAACUUGAAAGAGACCAACAACUUUUUCCGCGAAAUUCGGCAGAACUACAGCAACGCGUGCGCCUCUGCGUCCACCUGCGGCGCCACGACUUUGGAGGCAGGUCAGCUGAACUGUGUUUCUUUCCCACGGGACGAGGAGGAGUAUCUGAACAGCAUUGUGGGUAGUGUCCCAUACAUCCUGGUGCUAGGGCAGGACUGCCCUGCCCGCUACCAGCUCCUCAACUGCCUCCUGGGUGAGAAGCUCCUCCCCCUUGGGGCAGAGCUGGGUGGGGCCUGUGGACCAGAGGGUGGAACCUGCAAGAGACGGAAGCUGUGUUUCACGCAUGGGCGACAGACGCGGCUGAGCUUGGCAUUGCCAGGGCAGUAUGAGCUAGUGCACCAGCUUGUCGCACACUGCGGACGGUGGGACACAGUGCCCCGGCAGGACCUUGAGAUCCAGGAGGAGUGUGAGGAUAAUGCACACCGAUUGGCUGAGCUGGAGAUCACACUGCAUCACAUGCUACUGCAGGAGGCUAAGAUCAUGGUGGUGCCGUGUGCAGGCGUGCAGACCCUCACACAGGCGUUGGAUGACUGCCUACGUGACACCAUUCCCAUCACCCUCUAUGCCUUGAGCCAGGAUUCUGUCACCCAGGAGCAGGCAGCGUCUCUCCUCAAGAUCCGAGAGCUGCUUCCCUACCCCAUCUGCUAUGUUCGAGUCUCCGGGCCGCCGCAGCCAGGCGAGACGGCGUCCCCGGAGCCCGGCCGCCCUGCCGAACGCGGUGCUCUCUACAAGCAGCUUGUCUCUCUGGGCCUCCUGUCGAGCGGGGCGGGGAACUGCUCCUGCGGUGCCCCCUCCCAGCCGCACGGGAGCGUCCUUGGGGAAAGUGUGGACCGCCUGCACCGCCUCCUGGGUCCCUUUGCGAGGCAGGUGCUCAUUGGCCAGCAGGUGGAGGCUGCCAGCCGCCUCAAUGCCCUGCACUGCCUUUGGCUCAAUCUCUUCAUCAACCAGGCGUUCGACCUGCAGAGGGACCUCCAGAUCACCCCACGCCGGCUUGAGUACACCCGGGAGAAGGAGGGGGAGCUCUUCGCCUCGCUCAUGGCCAUCGCCAACCGCAAGCAAGAGGAGAUGAAGGACAUGAUCGUGGAGACGCUCAGCACCAUGAAGGAACAGCUGCUGGAGGAUGCCGCCAACCUGGAGUUCACAGAUAUUAUCGUGACCCAAAAUGGAGAGCCCGUGACCUCUAAGGACAUUAAGUCGUGUAUCCAGCAGAUCCAGGAGCUGAUCGUGGUGCAGCUGAACCAGGCGGUGGCCACUAAACUCACCAGCUCAGUGAACUAUCUGCGCGAGAGCUGCGUGGGCACACUUGAGAGGUGUCUGAGCAGCCUGGAGAAAUCGAACAUUGACACCUCCGCUCACAACGUCACCUCUAACCACCUGAAACAGAUCCUGAAUGCUGCCUAUCACGUGGAGGUGACAUUUCACUCUGGAUCUUCUGUUACACGACUGGUUUGGGAGCAGAUCAAACAGAUCAUCCAGAGGCUGACCUGGGUGAACCCUCCAGCAAUAACUCCAGAGUGGAAGAGGAAAGUAGCCCAGGAUGCCAUAGAGAGUCUGAGUGCUGCUAAACUGGCCAAGAGCAUCUGCUCCCAGUUCCGCACCCGCCUAAACAGCUCACAUGAUGCGUUUGCCGCCUCACUGCGCCAGUUGGAGGAACGUCAUACGGGUCGUCUAGAGAGGACGGAGGAUCUGUGGUUGCGUGUGCGGAAAGAACACGCCCCUCGACUGGCACGCCUCUCUCUGGAGAGCUGCUCACUCAGAGACGCUCUACUGCACGGGAAGCCCAAACUGGGUCGGGAACUGGGCAGAGGGCAGUAUGGAGUGGUCUAUUUGUGUGAUAGCUGGGGGAGACGCUACCCCUGUGCUCUGAAAUCAGUGGUGCCUCCCGAUGACAAGCACUGGAACGACCUGGCCCUGGAGUUCCACUACACUCGGUCCCUUCCUAAGCAUGAUCGUCUGGUGGAUCUGCACGGCUCUGUGAUUGAUCACACAUACGGGGGAGGCUCCAGCAUCGCAGUACUGCUCAUCAUGGAGAGACUGCACAGAGACCUGUACACAGGCCUGAAGGCUGGUCUGUCCCUGAAGGAGCGGCUGCAGGUUGCUCUGGAUGUCGUGGAAGGGAUUCGCUUCCUGCACAGCCAGGGCCUUGUGCACCGAGACAUCAAACUCAAGAACGUCCUGCUGGACAAGCAGAACCGGGCUAAGAUUACUGACCUGGGCUUCUGUAAGCCAGAAGCCAUGAUGUCCGGUAGUAUAGUGGGAACCCCUAUACACAUGGCCCCGGAGCUGUUCACAGGAAAGUAUGAUCAUUCCGUUGACGUGUAUGCCUUCGGGAUUCUGUUCUGGUAUCUGUGCACUGGAUCGGUCAAACUUCCUGAGGCCUUUGAGAAAUGUUCCAGUAAAGACCAGCUCUGGAACAAUGUGAAGAGAGGCUCGCGCCCUGAGCGCUUACCCAGUUUCGAUGAGGAGUGCUGGCAGCUGAUGGAGGCCUGCUGGAAUGGAGACCCUUCCCAGAGGCCCCUGCUCGGAAUCGUGCAGCCCAGCCUGCAAAGCAUCAUGGUCCGGCUAUGUGAUGGAUCUGACCUCAAGAGCGGCAGCCUUGAGGACUCGAAUUAGAACACAAAUACAAAUGAAUAUGCAAACACUGAGACACUUCAACACACUCCCAUAGGAACAUGUGCCGAGAAUGAUAAGUUAAAAGGCAUGUUUUUUGUAUUUCUGGAGGUUGGGGAGACUAGGAACAUUCCUGAGCUCCAGCAGUAGGAGCCUGAUACACUAUUUAUAUUCUCAGCGAUACAAAUUCAAAAUAUGUAUGUAUGUGUGUUUUGUUUCCUCUGUAUUUAUAUAAAAAGUCGUACCGCGCGUGCGCACACACAUACCUACACUAUACCCUAUCAAAAUGCAUGCUCAUUGCUGCUUUGUGUUAGGAUUGUUACUAGACAUGAGUUUUAAAAGUAGUCAGGUUUUUGCAGUAUUAUAGAACAAAAAAGACUUCAUUUUAGCUGGUGUUUAAAUUAGUUUAUUGCUAUCUUGAGACAAUUUUGUUUUUCUUUUUUUUAAUAAAAGGUUAUUGAGGAGUUUUGUUUUUUUUUCCAAGAUGUCAUAUGUUUUUAUCACUCCUGUUUUAAUAAUUAUUGUAAUUUGUUUAUUUCUUCUUAUUUUUCUUCUUUUUCUCCACUGAAACACAAGGGAGUGCAAAGACCAUAAAGCUGAGGACCACCCAAACUUGUUGGGAAGGGGCACCAUGCAGGGGCUACAGCACAGCAUUAAAGGUUGUGACAUGUGUCAUAGACAAGUCUUUUUUUCAAAUUUGGCACAGCUUUUUCAAGAGGCGGCACUAUAACGUGCAUAUAAUUGUUUCUCAAGAACUGCCGAAACUGCAUUCUGCUCAGCAGGUUAAGUUUCUGGAAGGAUUCGUAAGUACAACUCCAUGACUAAAAACAUGGCCAAUCAGAUUUUGGCAUGCAUUUGAUGGGCGUAAUAUUGGCUGAUCUACACGAAACUUGAAUGGUCUUGGGGGAGUUGGAUUUUCUAUAAGUGUAUAAAGUUUGCUAGUGAUGGGACAGUGGGACACUAUUGCCAAUUUUAGCAUGCAAAACAAGCAUAUUUCUUACACCGAUCCUGUUAGGAACAUGUACACUUAUUUUUGGUAUGAAAAUGUUUGCAAGACAUUGAAACUCAAAAACAUGUAGACAUCGGCGCACAGUAUGGCCUGCACAGUGUCAGUCAGUGCUCCCAUAGUGUAUGUUCAAAUUUCUCUAUCUGUUAUUUGAUAGGAACAUUCAGUGUAGUUUGAGAUAGCUGGCCAGUUUUGGUGCAUUUUUGCUGACAGAGGGAAGCUUCUAAAACUUAGAAUUCGUGGCCUGCAAAAGUGAGCGGAGUUGUGCUGGACCCUUAAUUGCCACUUGUGACUUAUAUUAUUCUGGUUGAAUUGUCCGGGGAAAAGAAUUGUCUAUGCUGGUGUUGAUUAAACUGAAAGUCAAAUACAGAUUUAUUCAUAUAUACAAACAAAAAUGUUUCUCUGAAGCAUACCAACAUGACAUUUCAAUUCCUCUAUAAAAAGUUUGCUGAAAAGAUUUUUUUAGCAGGAACACUACUGUGGAUUUUUUAGUAGGGGAGCUGUAGUGUGUGGAAGAGAUGACCACAGGUGUUACAGUGUGAGCCAUAAAGUGUGUGAAUGUAGUUUUCAAUAAAAAAACCCCUUCAUUUUA